AUGUCUGGGAGUGAGAUCAGUUAUUCGCCGAAGAAGGAGGUCAGCUACGUCCCUGAGAAGGAGAUCGCCCCUACGCCAGAUUAUACCAACGAUGGCCCAGUCGAUGGAGUGUUGGUCAACGCCUCAGGCCAUCGCCAGGAACUUGAGCGGAACUUUGGCCUAAUCAGUAUCUGUGCUGUGGCUGUAACCACCGGAAACACAUGGAUUGCCCAAGGAGGUAGUGUCGUUACGGCUUUGAGCAACGGUGGAAUUGCAGGGACUAUAUAUGAAUUCAUGGCUGUGUCUGUCUGCUACUGGUUAGUCGCCGCAUCGAUUGCAGAAUUGGCAUCGGGUAUGCCCUCAGCUAGUGGUGUCUACCAUUGGGCGACUAUCACUGCGGGGAGCAAGUACGGUCGCGUGUGCGGAUUCUACGCUGGAUGGUGGAACUGCCUGGCUUGGAUGCUCGGUGCGGCAUCGAUGUCUUUGAUUCUGGCUCAGCAGACCGUGGCUAUGUAUGCAUUAAUGCAUCCCGGCUUCGCGGCCUCACAAUGGAACGUCUUUGUCAGCUUCCUCCUCUGCACCUGGACUUGCUGCUGCAUCGUGCUGUUCAUGAACCGUUUCCUCCCUUACAUUGGAAACCUCGGCAUGUUCUUCAUUCUAGCUGGUGUGUUCGUUACCAUUGUCGUAUGCGCUGUGAUGCCUCAUGUGAACGGCUCUGGAUAUGCCACCGACAAGCUUGUGUGGGCAACUUGGGAAAACGGAACCGGUUAUACCCAGCAAGGAUUCGUCUUUGUGGCUGGUAUGCUCAACGGUGCUUACAGUGUGGGCACUCCUGACUGCUCGUCUCACUUGGCCGAGGAGAUUCCAAAGCCGAGCCGAAAUAUCCCCAAGGCUAUUCUUGCCCAGAUGGGUGUUGGUUUCGUCACUGGUAUCUGCUACAUGAUUGCAAUCUUCUAUGCCAUUAACGAUCUCGACGCGGUGCGCGACGCGACCACCUUCUUCCCCCUGGCUGAGAUCUACCGUCAAGCCACCGGCUCCCGUGGCGGCGCCCUCGGUCUCCUGAUUGUCGCUUUCCUGCCCACCUUGGUUACUGCCUGCGGCUGCUACAUCACCGCCGGCCGCACACUCUGGACCAUUUCUCGUGACGGCGCCACUCCAUUCUCGGGAUGGCUUGGACGUAUCAGCCUCAAGUUCAAGAACCCCUUCAACGCCACCCUGACCUGCGGUGGUUUCAUCACCAUCCUGGCCUGCAUCUACCUUGGCUCGAGCACUGCCUUCAGCGCCUUUGUGGGAUGUUUCGUGCAGUUGUCCAGUCUAUCAUACUUCAUGGCCAUUUUCCCUCACAUUUUGACCCGUCGUUCGUCCUUCGUUCCCGGAUACUUCUACAUGAACAACAAAAUUGGCUACGUCGUCAACUCCCUGGCCUGUACCUACAUCAUCGUCUUCGUUGUUAUCUUCUGCUUCCCUUACGCUCUGCCUACUGAUGCCGCGUCGAUGAACUAUGCCAGUCUGAUGACUGGCGGUCUCUCCGUCUUCGUUACCAUCUGGUGGUUCAUUCACCAGGGCUCCUACGUGGGCCCGAAGCAUGUCCCGUUGACCGACAAGGCCCUGGCCGACGAUGCUCGGUAA